UCCUGUUAACCUGUCUAGGAUCAGCGUGGCGCUAGCGGGACGUUUGACAAGAAAAAAAAAAAAAAUGGCGGAAUGUCAUAAUUAUAAAUAUUUAGCUUUAAUUAAAUCAGAAGUGUUAUACACAAUAUCAAAUCUAUACCUCUUGUUAAUCUUGCCAAUAUGUCCGAUUUCGAAAAGCUUCACUACAAAAGCGAUUAUCGAUCAGUAAACAACACAUUAGGUACAGUUACAACAAAGUACAUUAGUCACAAAAGUCAUAAAUAGCAAUGCAAAGCAUCAAUUACCUUAGGAAAUUUUCUUCUUUUGGCAAUCCUAAAGGUCACGACGAAACAAUCAAGUGGCUUUUUGAUCGAUAUAAUCCAUUUUUAUAGCCUAAAACGAAACAUUUUGUGAACGGCUUGUGUGGAAAAUUCAGCGUCCAUCAACUUUGGACGUAACAUUCAUUGUAAUUACUCACUCUAAAGGGACGUUUAUCAAGUCAAGUUCGGUUUCAUUAGAAUCCUCUGUUUGUUAGUAAUACAACCAAACGUCGUGGUUCUUUUUCCGGGACAUAUUGACCGAAGAAAUUCGAUCUGAACACACCUACCAGCUACGUCAUUACGCGCCAAUCGAUUGGCCUGUUCGUCUUUGAUUGACUGUAUCUCGGUCCAAUGACCACUGAUCUUUUUGAAAUCUAGCUGGAUAGAUAGCCAAUGAGCAGAGGUAAAUAGGGAUAUCAAAUGGUUCUACCCGGAAAUAAUAGGCAUCUUUGUAAAGCCAUGCGUGUUCGCAGCUAUUCCCCAUUGAAAAUCAGAAAGUAAGGAGCUCACCGUUUUACGCGCCGCGAAAGUUUGUUUUGGAGCAUUUUCAAGGAUCAAUUAUGGCAAAUAAAUCAGCCAAAUCAACGACCAAGACGAAGUACACAGAUGUGCAAGAUAUAAUUAGUGAAAUUGACCGUGAAAGUGAAAAUGAGCAUCUAAUUGAUUCCAGCGAGGUUGAAUCCGUUGAUUCUGAAUUCGAAGACAUGUUUCUACACGGUGAAGACCCAGUUUUGGAUCGUCGCAGCGAUUCUGAUUGGGAGCCAAGCUGCAAAUCCCCCACUGAAGCUGGUCCAUCCAGCUGGACCCCUGCUGUAUCCGGCACCACACCUACUCCCGCCCGGCCAUCAAGGGGUGGUAAGCCGGCGUCAAGGAAGCGGAGGAAGGGCAGCGUGGAACCGUCCAGCGUGGAACCUGCCAGAGCGGAGGAGGACCGUUGGCACACUGUUCUUGAGGAGGAUGUGGCCCCACCAACUCCACUUUUCCGCCCAAAACGCCCAGUAGGCCCUCAAUUGGACCUGACUUCCAAAUACACCCCCAUGCAACUUUUCCAGUUGUUCUUCACCUCGGCAGUUCUUGAUACCCUGGUGAUGAACACUAAUAGAUAUGGGGCAAAGAAGCAGGAGAAAUGGAAGGACAUUUCCAUUUCAGAACUGUUUUGCUACCUGUCCAUGGUCAUUUACAUGGGGGUGGUGAAGCUGAAGAACCUCAAACACUACUGGAAAACUGCACCACUCUAUCAACUGCCUUUCCCCUCAACGGUCAUGUCUUGUACUAGGUUUCUGACAAUUUCGCGGGCACUUCACAUUAGUGACCCAGAGGUUGAUAAGGACAACGAGGCGAAACGAGGCACAGCAGGGUUUGAUAAGCUCUGCAAGAUCAAACCUCCCUACCACGAUAUCGUUGAGGCAUGCAAGACAUAUUUUCAGCCCGCCCAGAACCUUUCCAUAGAUGAGAGAAUGGUAGCCUCAAAGGCCAGAAUUGGCCUAAAACACGGCACGCACAUGCUGGAUUUCAUCAUUGCAGGCAGGGAUGUGCCUCGGGGGAAAAGGGGCACAGUAGGGCGGCUUCGUUGUGCCCUGUGCCACAAGAAGUCCCCUGUCACCUGCACCACCUGUGCUGUGACCCUCUGUUUCACACCAGAGAGAAACUGCUAUGGGAUAUGGCAUCGGGAGCGCAACAUUGUGUAG